GUUUUUCAUGACGAUAUAUUUGAAAAUGUUUCCUGCGCACUUACAGCUGUGAAAAACCUGUUUUUUGUGUAACUUGCAGUGAUCGUCGAGUAAAUUCUUCCUUCCCAAUGCAAGGUGUAAGAACAGCUUUGACAAACUGAUCCCCUGUGUAACUCUGUCUCUAUGUAAUAAACGUAAAAAGUAACCCGUUCCCUUCAAGUCGCAAUAAACAAACGUCCAACGUUCGCACGGCAUGUAUAGGUUACGAAAGAGAAAGUUGCGAACAGAGAAAUAAUACUCCGACUAAUAGCGUCUUCCGAAUUGGCUGGUUCUUUGAGCAACAGACGACGAUAACGCGAUUUGCUUACUUCUCUAUGUAUAUGUGCAUCUUGUUAUUCUGAUGUUAGCGGUUGAAUUCAUAUUCUUGCGUAAUAAUCGCUGUUACAAUAUCGCCUGAGGACGUACGAUUGAUAGUCUUGCAGUUUGUUAGGUGAUUGUAAAGAGAUCAAUUGCGAGAUGACUCCAAGGAUAGUUGUUGUCGGUUCGUGCAUGAUUGACUUUACUUGUUUCUCUCAACGUUUGCCUAAGCCUGGUGAGACAAUAAUUGGGACUAGAUUUGAACAGAAAUACGGUGGUAAAGGUGCCAACCAGUGUAUAGCGGCUGCCAAACUUGGUGCAUCUACAGCACUUGUAGCCUCAUUAGGUUCUGACACAUUCGCUCAAGAGUACUUAAAGAUUUUGAAAAGGGAAAAUGUAGACACGUCUCAUGUCAAGAUAGAAAAAGAUAAGCAUAGCGGUAUUGCUCACAUUACUGUUGCUGAGAAUGGCGAGAACAGUAUCGUUAUCGUGUUAGGCGCAAACGAAUCGUUAACGCCGGAAUACGUGGACUCUGCCACUAACCUGAUAAAAAAUGCCAGCGUUUUGUUAUGCCAGUUUGAGACUACGUUGGAGACUACGUUGCACGCGUUAAAGUUACACCGUGGCCAUGGACUGUCGAUUGUCAACGGGGCGCCCGCGAUAGAGAGCGUCGAUCCGAAAAUCCUGCAAUUGUGCGAUAUUUUCUGCGUCAACGAGACGGAGGCGGAAGUCAUGACGGGCAUUGGACCCGUUAACUUGUCAAAUGUACAGCAAGUCGCGGACAAGUUCCUGGCCAAGGGAUGUCGCGCGAUUAUGCUGACUCUCGGGCCGCUCGGGGCUGCCUACGCGUCGAGAACGAGCAGGAAUGUCACGCGGAUUCCCACUGUUGCGGUUCAAGCCGUAGACACCACUGGUGCCGGGGAUGCGUUUCUGGGUGCGCUCGCAUAUUUCAAGGCGUAUCAUCCGCAGCUAUCGGUGGACGAAUGCAUCAGGAGAGCCUGCGCGGUCGCCACGCAUUCCGUCCUUAAAUUCGGCACACACGCGAGUUUUCCCACAAGAGACGAUCUUCCAACGGACCUGUUCGUGUAAAUAAAACGGGUAAUUACAAGGCUUCGUCUGACGAUAUUAUCUUAUCUUCUUGUUGCAUUUGAAGCCUGGUUUAUGUGUAUGCGGGGUUUCCCCAAAUCGUUCCGCAUAUUUUACGAAUAAAUCGACGCAACUUUCGCGCAAAAAGA